AUGCAAAAUAGUCGAUGCUGUAUGUGUGGUAUUAUGAUGAUACCAAACGAGUCAAACACUUGCAUUAACUGCUUGAAAUCUUCAAUAGAUGUAACUGAGGGUAUAACCAAAUCAGUCAAUCUUAGUCAUUGCAGAGAAUGUAAUAGGUACUUGAGACCUCCCUGGUAGAACUGUGAACUAGAGUCUCCUGAGCUAUUAUCACUUUGCUUGAAGAAUAUAAAGGGUUUGAAGAGAGUUAAAUUGAUUGAUGCAGGAUUUUUGUAUACUGAGCCACAUUCAAGAAGACUGAAAGUUAAGCUUACAGUUUAGAAAGAAGUUUUAAACGGUACGCUACUUCAGUAAAGCUUCAUUGUUGAGUUCAUUGUAAAUAAUCUCUAAUGUGAUGACUGUAAGAAAACUUACACCCCACAUACCUGGGUCGCUCAAGCUUAGAUUAGACAAAGAGUUGAUCAUAAGAGAACCUUCCUCUUUUUAGAGUAGUUAAUUAUCAAGCAUAACGCUUCUGAUAAGUGUCUAGGUAUUAAAGAGAUGCAUGAUGGACUUGACUUCCAAUUUAAAAACAGAUCUCAUGCUAAUAGAUUAGUUGACUUUAUUUAAGGUUAAGUACCAGCUAAGGUAAAGACAGCAAAGUAAUUGAUUUCUCAUGAUCUUAGAAACAAUGAAUACAGUUACAAGUAUACUUUCUCAGUUGAUAUCGCCCCUAUAUGUAGAGAUGACCUAGUCAUCCUUCCAAAACCUUUAUCUCAAUAGUUAGGUGGUAUUGGACCAUUAGUUUUAGUUUAUAAAAUAUCCACUUUCGUUCAUAUCGUAGAUGUCUUUACAAUGCAAACUUAUGAAAUUGAUUAAGCAACUUACUGGAAAUACAACUUCGGUGCACUAUGCGGUAGAGAUAGAUUGACUGAAUUCAUUGUACUAAAUAUUGAGAACACAGAUUAUGAUGUCAAUGUAAGCAGAGCAGCAGCCAAAUAAAAAUUCAGAAUGGUGCAGGUAGAAAUUGCCAGAAAAGACGAUUUCGGUACCAAUGAUAAAACAUUCAUCGUAAACACUCACUUAGGUGAAACUCUUAAUUACAAUGACACUGUCCUAGGUUUUGAUCUAGAUAUGAUUAACUUGAAUGAACUUGAAGAGCUUGAAUUAACGAAAGUUAUUCCACCAGUUGUGUUGGUAAAGAAAACUUUCCCAAGAUUUAGAAAGAGAUAGAAGCACAGAAUUUGGAAACUGAAGCAUUUAGAUAAAGAAGGUAUAGAUGACAAUAAUUACCACAAGAAGGAGAAAAAUCAAGGCAAAAAUAAGAAAGAUUAUGAUAUGUUCUUAUAAGAUAUUGAAGAAGAGCCUGAACUCAGACAAUAAAUUGACCUCUUCAGAAACGAUGAUAUCAUAAAGUAACUUGAAAGUAAAAUAGCUGGAUUAGAUCUUGACAAAGAAGAGGAAAAAGAAGUAGCUAAACCUAAGGGCAAAGAUGCUAAAAACGACAGAAAGGUAGUUAAAGCCGCUAGAAAGACAGCUGAAGGCAAAAAGAAGCAAGAGUUGACAGAAGUAGAAAAGAAGAAAAAUAAGGCUUUGAUCAAGGCAACAUUGAAGGAAAAGAACUAAGAAGAAGGAAGUGAUUGGGAAAGUGUAGAGGAGGAUUAUCAACAUAUUUAGGUUGAUGAGCUAAAGAAUCUAGAGGAUUAACUAGCAGGUAUGAAGAUACAGGGCGAGGUAGAAAGCGAUGAUGACAAUGGUAACGAUGACAAAUUAAAGGAAACCAAAUGA